AUGGAUUUGUUCAAGCAUGAAGUGCCAGAGUUCACACACCAGCCUCUUGUGCAAACUGCUAUGCAACAAGAGACACUGAAUGCCUACCAAUCGCCUUGUUGGGCGAAGGGUUUCUGCUCACUGGAGAGUGGCUGCCGCAAUCAUGAGCGAUUGCAUGGCAUGCUCUUGAAAGAAAUCAGGAAACAAAUUGACCAGAAGUUGCCGUCUUCUGCAGCAAAGAGAUAUGUGCAAUCAGGCGAUGUUGCUAUCACUGUGAGAUAUGGUCAGGUUGGCUCCGCCAGUAGCAGCAGUGCUGGUGCAGCACCAUGUCCCAGUGAGGUCAAAAUGGACACUUCGGAGUGCAAAGUUUUUAUGCUGGCCAGUUUGUCUCUCAGACCAGCCAGCGCUGUACUUGCUUCUAUGACUAUCAAGCCUUUGAAGUCGUUCUCAAUUCCCUCUGAUGCUUACGAAGCCAGCUUUGAACUUGUCGAAGGCAAACCAGGCAAAAUGCAUUUUAAUCUUCAGACUAGCUGGGAGUUUGUUGCUUACUUGCUACGUCAGCAAAAAAUGAAGAAGAGCGUCGUGACCGUGAACGUGCUUGAGCACAGACCUACGUCCAUCAACGCCAUUGAGUUUUGUAUGCCCAAGAUCGACAUGGCCAAUGCAGUGUGGCCCCCUUAG